UUUUCAUGCAAUCCAAUACCCAAACAUCAUCAAUGGCAUCCUUUAAGCCCAAUGUUUUUGACCAUCUUCCACAGCCGCUAUUCAAUCAUUUCCCAAUACCUUUUAUUCCACCGCCUCCUCCCACCCAUGCUCCAUCGCCACCGCCACCACCUCCAAAUAUCCAUACUUCUCCACCUCCUCCCCACCACAUUACUCCGCCGCCACCACGCAUUCUACCUCCUCCUCCUCCUCCUCCUCCUCACCACCACAUUACUCCACCUCCACCACACAUUCUUCCUCCUCCUCCUUCUCACCACAUUACUCCACCGCCGCCACACAUUUUUCCUCCUCCAUUUCACCCACAUCCACAUCCGCCACCUCCACCUGCAAUUCCUCCUCCAGACAACACCAUUAUUAUCAUUGGAAUAUGUUUGGCCGGUUUAUUUCUGUUUGCGUUUCUCUUUUGUUUCAUCUGCUGCUUUGCCAAGAAGAAGAAGAGAAAGCCUUGUCCACCAUCUUCCAUCGUGGUGGAGGAAACUAUCGAGGAAGUGAAGUUCAAAAUGGUGGAGAAGAUCGAACAUAAGCCCGGUGGGCAUGACGAAGUUGUUGUGACGCUGGAGGGAGAGAUUGUGGAAAUUAAAGAGACAAUUCGUAAAGAAGAGGAGGGUCACGGUCAAGAGGAAAUCACUCACCACAGCAAUGAAAUAGCAAAAGAGACGAUUCGUAAAGAUGGGGAUCACGGUCAAGAGGAGUUCACUCACCACAGCAGUAGCACUGAAAUAGCAAAAGAGCACAAUUCCAGUGGUGUAACAAAGAAUAAAGAAGACGAUAAUCUGUUCGACAUCGAGCCUUUUAAACAGUGAUUGCCAGCAUAUAAAAUGCAGGGAAUAAGGGCAUCUCAAGAUUCAGAUUGCUUCCGACCAACGAAAUUGUGACAUUUCAGAUGGAUUUCUGUAUCAUAAUCGUUACUGAUACUCUGUUUUCAAUAAAGAAUCCAUGUCAAACUCAUACAACUUUGUUUUUAUUGUUUUCCUAUAUCAAACAUAAAACAAAUGAUUUCUGGUA